AUGUUGUUUGAUGGAGAGAUUCAAUACAAUAUGGAUGCAAGAGUUCUUAAUUUCAGUAUGGGAAAGCCUCGUGUUCAAUUCAAUACCAGUAACAUUGAAGGUGCGGAAGUGAAAAAAUCUGUGGAGGAUCCUAUGGAGGUUGAGGUUGCUGAAGGCUGUACUAUGGCUCAGUUCUGUGACAAGAUCAUUGAUAUUUUCCUGAAUGAGAAGCCUAAAGUUAAACAAUGGAAGAAGUACUUGGUUUUAAGAGAUGAGUGGAACAAGUACAGUGUUAACUUCUACAAGCGUUGCUGA